AUGGACCUUUCCAAAAGACACCCUCACCCAAUCCCCCUGGGUACAAAACAACUAGGGCCAAUCUCCGAUUUGGCACCAUUUUCAGCCUUGAUCAUUUCUCUUGUACUGGUCAUCUUCUUCCUCGUUCGUUUUUAUGUCCUCGAGGGAUUUCUUAUCCGCCGUCUGUACGGCUCGAUCUACACAGAGAUGAGCGAGCUGAACCGUCGUGGCUUUGUGAAUCACCACAUUGCUGGAGUCACAAAGGUCAUUAUCUUGGUAGUCGCCGCAUAUCCGUUCAUCAGUGUUGCUUUCUGCAAAGGGCCGUCAUUCAAUACGCCCUUUGUCAAAGGCUCAGUAGUGACACUGGGUGAUAUGCUGAUUGUGGUCGCCCAAAUCUUGAUUGGGAUCUACAUUUUCGAGCUGAUCUACCGUGUGAAGUUGUCACCCGUGGCCGUGAUGCACCACGUUGGGACAAUCUUCAUUGGCCAAGCGGCCAUAGCCAUCAGUCUGCGACCUUUACGUGAACCCGACACGUAUAUCGAGUUCGUCCUCUGUACCGUCUGGGGCGCAUUCGACGCCGUGUUCGAGCUAUUCCCCCACUUCGCCAUCAUCCUCUACCGGGUCUUCCCAAGACGGCACCAGCUCCUGAGCAGGAUCUUCCUCAUCUCCUGCUUCUCAACCGCAGUGGGGACACUCACCGAGACGGUUGUGACGAUGUGGUUGUUUGGAAGCACGUGGGACCGGUGGCGACUUGCCUUCAAGGUUGUCACGCCGGUCCUGCAUCUGGCAUUCUCCGCAGCCCAGAUCCAUGGCAGCCUUGUCUUCUGGCGGAUGUACCGCCGACAAAAGCGAUUUCAGAAAGAGGCCGACACCGAGGCAGAACUGCUCGGUAAAUGA